AUGAUCCAUCCUGGUUAUGGAUUUUUGUCGGAGAACUCUGAAUUUGCCCGCAAGGUUGAAGAAGCUGGUAUUGCCUGGGUUGGUCCCCCAGCCCACGUCAUCGAUGCUGUUGGUGACAAGGUCUCAGCCCGUAACUUGGCCCAAAAAUGCAAUGUUCCCACUGUUCCUGGUACCCCUGGACCUAUUGAAAACGUUGAAGAAGCUGAGGAGUUUGUUCAGAAGUAUGGGUACCCAGUUAUUAUCAAGGCUGCUUUCGGUGGUGGUGGCCGUGGUAUGCGUGUUGUCCGUGAAGGAGAAGACAUUAGAGAUGCUUUCAACAGAGCUGUUUCUGAGGCCAAGACUGCUUUCGGUAACGGUACUGUUUUUAUUGAAAGAUUCUUAAACAAGCCUAAGCAUAUUGAGGUUCAAUUAUUGGCUGAUGGUGAAGGUAACGUUAUUCAUUUGUACGAACGUGAUUGUUCCGUUCAACGUCGUCACCAAAAAGUAGUUGAAAUUGCUCCUGCUAUGGACUUGCCUACCCACGUUCGUGAUGCUAUUUUAUCCGAUGCCGUCAAGUUGGCAAAGACUGCUCACUACCGUAAUGCUGGUACUGCCGAGUUCCUAGUUGACGACCAAAAUCGCCACUACUUCAUUGAGAUCAAUCCUCGUAUUCAAGUCGAACACACCAUUACUGAGGAGAUCACAGGUAUCGAUAUUGUUGCCGCACAAAUUCAAAUUGCUGCUGGUGCUAACUUGGCUGAAUUGGGCCUCACUCAGGAUCGUGUCACUAUUCGUGGAUGUGCCAUUCAGUGCCGUAUCACUACUGAAGACCCUGCCAAGGGUUUCCAACCUGACACUGGUAAGAUUGAGGUCUACAGAUCCACUGGUGGUAACGGUGUCCGUUUGGAUGGUGGUAACGCUUUCAGCGGAGCUGUCAUUUCCCCCCACUAUGACUCUAUGUUGGUCAAAUGUACUUGUUUGGGCUCCAACUUCGAGGUAUCUCGUCGUAAGAUGUUGAGAGCACUAAUCGAAUUCAGAAUCCGUGGUGUCAAGACCAAUAUUCCUUUCUUGCUUACUCUAUUGACCAAUGAUGUCUUCAUCAAAGGUAAAUGUUGGACUACCUUCAUUGAUGAUACUCCUCAAUUGUUUGAUAUGGUCAGAUCUCGUAACAGAGCUCAAAGACUGUUGGCAUAUUUGGGUGAUUUGGUUGUCAAUGGAUCUCAAAUUAAGGGUCAAAUAGGAUUACCUAAGCUCAAGACCGAACCUAUUAUCCCUGAAUUGUAUAGUAAUGGCAAAGUUGUCGAUGUCACUGAGCCACAACAAAAGGGUUGGAGAAAUAUUAUUGUUGAACAGGGUCCUGAAGCCUUUGCUAAGGCUGUUCGCAAUCACAAGGGUACUUUGAUUAUGGACACUACUUGGAGAGAUGCCCAUCAGUCGUUGUUGGCUACUCGUGUACGUACUUAUGAUUUAUUGGCCAUUGCCAAGACCACUUCUCAUGGUUUGGCUGGUGCCUUUGCCCUUGAAUGUUGGGGUGGUGCCACUUUUGACGUAGCUAUGAGAUUUUUGCACGAAGAUCCUUGGGAUAGAUUACGCCAACUGCGUAAGGCUGUCCCCAAUAUUCCUUUCCAAAUGCUUUUGAGAGGUGCCAAUGGUGUUGCUUACUCAUCUCUUCCUGACAAUGCCAUUGAGCACUUUGUUGAGCAAGCCAAGAAGACCGGUGUCGAUAUUUUCAGAGUAUUCGAUGCUUUGAACGACUUGGAGCAAUUGAAGGUUGGUGUCGACGCUGUCAAGAAGGCUGGUGGUGUUGUUGAAGCCACUGUUUGCUACUCGGGUGAUAUGCUUAAUCCUGACAAGAAGUACAACCUUGAUUAUUAUCUGGACACUGUUUCCAAGAUUGUGGAAAUGGGUACUCACAUCUUAGGUAUUAAAGAUAUGGCCGGUACUCUUAAGCCUAAGGCUGCUACUCUUUUGGUUGGAUCUAUUCGUGCCAAGUAUCCUGACCUGCCAAUUCACGUUCAUACACAUGACUCAGCCGGUACUGGUGUAGCCUCCAUGACUGCAUGUGCCUUAGCCGGUGCUGAUGCUGUCGAUGCCGCUUCCAACUCCAUGUCUGGUAUGACUUCUCAGCCAUCGAUCUCUGCUAUCCUCGCUUCCUUGGAGGGUUCUGUUGAUACUGGCCUUAAUGUUGACCAUGUCAAACAAAUUGAUAGCUACUGGGCCCAGAUGAGACUGCUAUACUCUUGUUUCGAGGCCGACCUUAAGGGCCCUGAUCCAGAAGUGUAUGAGCACGAGAUUCCUGGUGGUCAACUUACCAAUUUGAUCUUCCAAGCCCAACAAGUGGGUCUUGGAGCUCAAUGGGCUGAAACUAAGAAGGCCUAUGAAGAAGCGAACGAGUUAUUGGGUGAUAUUGUUAAGGUUACCCCCACUUCCAAGGUUGUUGGUGAUCUUGCCCAAUUUAUGGUUUCUAACAAACUCAGUGCUGAUGAUGUUAAAAACCGUGCCAGCGAGCUUGACUUCCCUGAAUCCAUUUUGGAUUUCUUCCAGGGCCUCAUGGGCCAACCGUACGGUGGCUUCCCAGAGCCUUUGCGUACCGAUAUCCUUAAGGGCAAACGUGAACCUUAUCACGUCCGUCCAGGUAAGAUCUUGAAGCCUUUGGAUAUUCCUGCUAUUAAGACCGAUUUGGAGAGAAGAUUUGGUCACAUUACUGAGAACGAUGUCGCAUCAUACAUUAUGUACCCCAAGGUAUUUGAGGAUUACCGCAAGGUUCUUGAUAAGUUUGGUGACCUUAGCCUGGUUCCAACCUCGGUAUUCUUGGCUCCACCAGAGAUUGGUAAGUCCUUCCAAGUCAACAUUGCCAAGGGUAAGAUUCUUGUUCUCAAGGUUCUUGCUAUUGGUGAGCUUUCUCAACAAACUGGUACCAGAGAAGUGUAUUUCGAACUCAAUGGUGAGAUGAGAAAGGUUACUGUUGAGGAUAAGCUGGCUGCUAUUGAGACUGUCAGCCGUCUUAAGGCUGAUCCUCACAAUGUCAACGAAGUUGGUGCGCCAAUGGCAGGUGUUGUUGUUGAAGUCAGAGUCAAGGAUGGCAGUGAGGUCAAGAAGGGAGAUCCUUUGAUCGUAUUGUCUGCCAUGAAGAUGGAGAUGGUAAUCAGUGCUCCCGUUAGCGGCAAGAUUGGGUCGUUAUUGGUUAAGGGCGGUGAUUCCGUUGAUGGUUCCGACUUGUUGUGCAAAGUUCUCAAAGCAUAA